AAUACAUCAUGGCGAGGCUAGUUCUGUUUUUUAUGUUAGGAUAUAUGCUAAUGAUAUGUGAGGUAGUGAUGGCAACUCAAAAAGACAAUAAAGCAGCCCUACAAGAAUUACAUUUUAACAAUUUUACAAUCAUAACAGGAUUAAGCUCUAACCAUGUGAAUGAAUUUCAUGUCUUUCUUGAAAAUAAGCAACAAUAUCAACCGGAUAAUCAACUCAUAGUUUACAACCUUGGACUAACAACUACAGAAGUCAGUGAAAUUCAAAAACGUUGCGAUGGUUGCAAGAUAAGAGAUUUCUACUUCCAGAAAUAUCCACCUCAUGUAAAAAAUUUACGAACAUUUGCAUUCAAGAUUUUAAUCAUCGAUGAGACCCUGCGGGAAUUUCAACAAAUACUUUGGUCUGAUACUUCAACACUGUUUACAACAAAAAACUUGGUGCCAAUAGUUGAUCAGGUGAAAUCUUCAGGAGUACUCGCAGCUAGUAUAAAUGGGCAUCUCAGUAACAGCUACACACACCCAGGGAUGUUUAAAUAUUUCAAUGUCACCCGGGACAGUUACAAUAAACAGAUCUCAAUAGAAGCCAACAAAAUAUUGAUUAUUAACAGUGCAAGGAUCCAGACACAGUUUAUGAGACCUUUAGUACGAUGUGCCCUUGAUUUACAAUGUAUCAACCCCACAGGUGCAGUGAUGAGGAACUCCACAUGGUCGCAAAUAUUUUACCGUGUGAUAUAUAAUGUUGAUACAUAUGUUCACAGACAAGAUCAGUCUGCCUUCAACAUAGUGCUUGGGAAAAUGUUUAAUAUGUCCCUAUCAAAAUACUGUGCUAAAGAAGGGGCUCAUAUAUAUAUAUUUCCGGAGGGGCCCAUUGUAACAAUACGCUUAUCUGAACAAUCAUCACACUGGGAAUUCUAUGCUUUACCCUUUAUUAUACUUUUUGUACUAAUUGUUGUCAAACUAAAGUGUAAAAGUGUGGUAAAAAAAUCAGUUGCUUUUCUAUGCCCUUGUAGGGGUUUUUGACAAUUCAAAGGUCAGUCAAAGGUCAAAUCUCAAAUCUAAGAUUAUUAAUAAGCUCCUGGCAACUUGAGGAUAAUAUUCAAAAAGAUUUGUUCAAUUUGAAGCUUAAAAUUUGAAAGUUGAAAUUUGACCACAACAUAUUAUGAAAGAGCGAGGGAAAGUAUCGCAACAGAUUUUUGACAGUAAAUAAUUUUUUUCUAGUAGUUUCUGGCUGUACAAAAAUGAAUGCAUAUGAAAGGCCAAUGUAUUAUCUUUAAGAAAAAUUCAAA